CGCUGUCCAGCUUCAACUCUCACACCGGACAGGGCCAAGAAAUUGUUCCGUAUGCGUAUGCAAUCGUUUAUCGGUUCAGUCUCGCGAUGUUCGUCAUAAGAUAAACAGUGUUCGAUGUUAUUGGAAGUUAAUUAAAUUAGUUCUUGCCAAUACACCGCCGAAUUUCGUUUGCUAACUAGUUAACUAACGUUACUUGUAUAGGCUAUGAAAGGGUUCUAAGCAAGCGGGGCAGUUUCUGCGAUCAAAACAAAUAAACGAAACGUAAACAGUUCGGUUCGGUAAUCUGCUUUCUUCGUCGUCGGAUAAAAAGUAAGGUGCGGCGUUUGGCUUCGUUUCGACGUGGAAGACACUGUUUAUAAAUAGUCCGGGAAAGUCAUUGGAUUCGGUGGAAAAUCGCUCACUUUCCGGAGUACAGUUUGACGCGAGUGUUCGUCAUGUGCGGAUGAUCGUCGGUAGAUAUAAUAUUCUGCGAGUGUGUAGUGAACUUGUAAAUAACUCGAUUGGAUAGCAACAUAUGGAAUUUUGUGUAGGCUACUGAUAAGAAUAACGAGUGCGUUUAGUGCAGUGGUUGAGUGUUUUGAACGCUGCCGGUUGUGAAAAAGCAACAGCUUGGGUAAAAAUCUGCAUAUAGGGAAUAAGUGAUUUCUACUGAAACCUCACUUAUACGAAGGUCAGCGGAGUACAGCUGUAAUAUUUUUUCGCGUGAGUAAGGUCAUUUCGCGCCGCGUGUUUCAUCGUCGCAGUCGCCGUCGCCGUGAAGUAGUAGAAGACCUUCGCGCCACCUUAUAAGGUACUCAAUCGAACACUUCGACGGUAUGUCGUUCCACAACGAAGACUAUAACUACCCGCGUAACUGGCAAGCGAACGGUUUCGGAUGGGUCAAUCCAGCCGCGUUCAACCAGUCACCUUAUCCCCAGCAAAUGCCAACACCAGAGUCAUCCGGUUAUUCAAGCUUAAAUCCCUCAAUAGCCAGCUCUGCCUUAUCAUACGGCUUCGCCCCUGGUGUUGUGAACCCUCCCAGUCACAUGGGUUACCCUCCGGCACCAGCAGCUAAUCUUCCCUAUCCAACCAUGGGUUUCAGCGGAUACGGUGGUAUGCCGAUGCCAAACACUAACUAUGGUGCUCCCCAGGCACCGUUGAUGCCGAUGCCGGGAAAUUCCUACGGCUCGCCGGAACCCGCGGAAGAUGCUGAACAGUCACAGGAAAUUCCGUUUCAAGCUGUCGCCGUUCCAAUAUCGGAGGGAAUGUUCAGCAGUCUUGGCGAAAAGGGUAGUGGCUUCCGAACGAAUACCGACGUCCAGGAUUACUAUGUACUGCGCAGUCAGUGCCUCGAAAAUGGUUCUCUGUUCGAGGAUCCGGAGUUUCCGGCGACUUCGUCCUCGCUACUGUUCUCGCGCCGACCGGAUCGCCAUUACGAAUGGCUCCGUCCGCACGAGAUUGCUGACCAUCCGGAAUUCUUCGUGGAAGGAUUCUCCCGGUUCGACGUACAGCAAGGUGAGCUGGGUGAUUGCUGGCUGUUGGCUGCAUGUGCCAAUUUGACGCGAGAUCAGAAACUGUUUCUGCGAGUCGUUCCGGAGGACAAUAGCUUCGAGGAUGACUAUGCUGGUAUCUUCCACUUCCGCUUCUGGCAGUACGGACGCUGGGUUGAUGUUGUAAUUGAUGAUCGGCUACCAACCUACCGUGGUGAACUGAUCUAUAUGCGAUCGUCGGAGAAGAAUGAAUUUUGGAGUGCCCUACUGGAGAAAGCCUAUGCCAAACUGCAUGGUUCUUAUGAAGCUCUCAAAGGCGGUACCACCUGUGAGGCGAUGGAAGACUUCACCGGAGGUGUCACUGAAAUGUACGAUUUGAAGGAUCAGACACCAUCGAAUCUGUUCCAGAUUAUGGAGAAAGGAUUUCUCAGAAACUCGAUGUUUGCCUGUAGUAUAGAGCCCGAUCCAAACGUAACAGAAGCAGAAACGCCAGAAGGUCUAAUCCGAGGACACGCCUACUCUAUCACUAAGAUUCAGUUGGCAGACAUUGUGACACCAUCGACAUCCGGUAAAAUUCCACUAAUUCGUCUUCGUAACCCGUGGGGAAAUGAAGCAGAAUGGAAUGGAGCCUGGAGUGAUCAGUCACCCGAAUGGCGCUUCAUACCGGAUGAACAGAAAGAGGAGCUCGGACUAAGCUUCGACGUCGAUGGAGAGUUCUGGAUGUCUUACCGUGAUUUCAUAAGAUAUUUCGACCGAGUUGAGAUCUGUAACUUGAGUCCUGAUUCACUGUCCGAGGAGCAGGAAAGCCGUGGCAAACUGCGCUGGGAAAUGUCUACAUUCGAAGGCGAGUGGGCUAUGGGAAGUACGGCUGGCGGUUGUCGCAACUAUUUGCAAACGUUCUGGCAUAAUCCACAGUAUGUAGUUCAUCUGGAGGAUCCCGAUGAUGAUGAUGAUGAAGGCAAGUGUACGGUAAUCAUUGCACUGAUGCAGAAAAAUCGACGCUCACGUCGUAAUAUGGGUGUGGAUUGCCUGACGAUCGGUUUCGCCGUGUAUCGCGUGAGCGAACGGGAUCUGGCUCAGAAACCGUUAAAAUUAAACUUCUUCAAGUACAACGCGUCAGUUGCCCGCUCUCCGUCUUUUAUCAAUUUGCGGGAAGUAAGCUGCCGGUUUAAGCUUCCGCCGGGGGAUUAUCUGAUAGUGCCGUCGACAUUCGAACCGAACGAGGAAGGCGAAUUUCUGAUUCGGGUAUUCUCCGAGAACAAAAACAGUAUGGAGGAGAACGACGAAGAGGUCGGAGUUGGUGACAUCGAUGACAGGAUCGCGCCGGACGUUCCGACUCCAUCGCAACCCUCGCCUCAGCGUGAGGCUUUGGAGCGUCUCUUUCUGGACGUGGCCGACGCUGACGGUGAGGUUGAUUGGGUCGAACUGAAACGCAUCCUGGACCAUUCGUUCCGCGAUGAUCUGCCCAAAUCAUCGUCGGUCAAUGGACUGAACAAAACGCGUGCCAACCAACAGAACGCGGCCAACUAUGACGGAGGCGGUGGUAAUGAUACCGGCGGACUGUUGGCCCAACUAUGCGGGCUCUUCUGUAAGGACACGCCCCUGGCCGAGGCGUUUGGGGUUAGCAACGGGCCGACGACGGCGGAUACCAACGGAAACCUUCAAAGUGAUAUUAUUCCCAUCCAGCACGUCGAUCAAGUCGGAGCCGGUUUCUCGAAGGACGUGUGUCGCUCGAUGGUCGCCAUGUUGGACGUGGAUCAGUCCGGCAAGCUAGGAUUCGACGAGUUCAAGAGUCUGCUGACGGACAUUGCCAACUGGAAGGCGGUAUUUAAACUAUACGAUCAGGACCGAACCGGUCGGUUGAGUUCCUUCGAACUACGUCAAGCGCUCAAUUCGGCUGGUUACCAUCUGAACAAUCGCAUCCUGAAUGGACUGGUGCAUCGGUACGGUUCCCGAGACGGAUCGAUAGCCUUCGACGAUUUCAUCAUGUGCGCCGUCAAAAUAAAAACCAUGAUCGAAAUUUUCCGAGAACGAGACACCGAGGGUACUAACAUGGCAACAUUCAGCAUGGACGAGUGGGUCGAGAAAACUUUAUAUUCAUAAGAUGAUUCAACGAGAUCAACGAUCGGAAUAAUUCUAUUCGAAACGCCACAAAUUAUCAUCCAAAAAGUGUUUGUUAUUGCCGCAGUUGACUCGAAUAGUUCUACCGGAAAUGUCGCAUUUCUCUUCACCCAACCGAAAAAUUAUUUAUAAGGACUUCAAAUUUGUAUUUAUCUCCCAUGUUACGUAUUUUUGUUUUUUUUUAACAUGUUUUUAAAUGUUAUUUAUAUAUUGCUGUGUACAUAAGAACUGCAAUCCUCAAAUCCCGAUAGUGUGACUGAGUGCAUACAAAUUUUGUCUAAAUUGAAUCUGUCAUGAUUCAGUAACAUUGUAUUAGUUUUACAGUACAGUCAACAGUUCUCAAAAUAGAUUCCGGAUCUUAUUACCGUUCUCAUUUCCACUUUCACAUUCACUUCACUUACAUGUCACUUCACUUGAUUUUACUUAUUACCAGUAUCACGUAUAGUGGAGCGAUCACUGUAGUGGAAAAAACUAUUUUUUUCGACAAAAUGUUGGUGGCUUGAUGUUCAUAGUGACAUCAAGUUCUUCCAAGAAAUUACUUUUGUCUCUGAAGCGGCUUCCGCUAUAAGGACCUAAAUUCACUUCACUCGAUUUUCACCGUGAAGUGAUACCGGUAAUAAAGGCCUCCAUCUUACAGAAUAUCCAGUAUUUAGUAGAGAUGGUCGGGUAUAGAAAUUCUUAUACCCGAACCCGACCCGUACCCGAGUGGUCAGCAAAAAAAUUUACCCGUACCCGACCCGUACCCGAUUGAAAAUUAAAAAAAUUACCCGUACCCGACCCGUACCCGAUCAAUAAUAAAUAAAAAUUACCCGUACCCGACCCGUACCCGAAAAAAAAUAAAAAAUUUUACCCGUACCCGACCCGUACCCGAUUAAAAAUUACCUGUACCCGUACCCGACCCGAAUGAGUAGUAAAAAUUUUACCAAAAUUCAGUAUGGAAAAAAUAAAGUGUUUUAGAUAUCGAGCCGUAUCAGGCUCUAGUUGGUAAGAAAAAUACAUUAAAAUGAUUGUUUACUUUUAAACAUAUAAAUACACUGUGAAGCAUGAAUAAUGUAAUGGAACUUUUUUUAAACAUGCAUAAAAAAACAAACGGUUCAUCCGAAUUCAAAAUUUUUUUUUUCAUAUUAAAGUACAGUCCUUCCGGGUAAUUGUGAAAUAUAAUUUCAUUCAAAUGGCUGCCUCGGCUGGCCUUGCAGUACGCCAUACGGUCGGUCCAGCUUUUUAAUACAUUUUCGAUUGUAUGCAGCUUUAUUUCAGCUAUGGAUGCACGAAUGUUUUCCUUCAAGGCUUGAAUUGUCUCUGGCUUGUCCACAUAACACUUAUCUUUGACAGCCGCUCAAAGAUAAUAGUCUAACGGUGUCAAAUCACAGCUCCGAGGCGGCCAAACGACAUCCGAAUUUCGACUGAUAAUUCGAUCUCCGAAGACUGUGCACAGAUGAUCGAUCGUAGCGUUGGCUGUGUGGCACGGAGCGCCGUCUUGUUGGAAUCAAAAGGUGUCCAAGUCUUCCUCUUCAAGUAACGGGAAGAACCAAUCGCUAAUGAUGACGCGGUACCGCUCGCCAUUGACCGUGGCGGCGGCUCCUGCCUCAUUUUCUUAGAAAAAAGGCCCAAUGAUACCGCCAGACAAAAAUCCGCACCAAACCGUCACUCUCUGAGAUCGGCUUCUCCAUGAUGACGUGCGGGUUUUCCGUCCCCAGAUGCGACAAUUUUGCUUAUUAACAUACCCGCCGAGAUGAAAAUGUGCCUCAUCCGAGAAGAUGAUUUUUUUGCACACAUUUCGCAACAUUACCAUGAUUUUGAAAGUAAAACUGCACUAUUUUCACGCGGUCCUCAAGCGUAUACACAACCAUUUUCGUUCAGCGGAAGGAUACAACUAAGUUUCUGUCAAAUCAGAAGUGACAUUUCAGGAAUCAGGAAUCAGAACAAAUUGGCUCAAAUGGCACGUUCCCCUUGAUAUUUGGAGAUUUGUGCCUUGCCAUCAAUUUGUUUUUAGCAUCAUUUUCCCGAUAUAUAAGAGGGAAGGAUUGAAAGGAAAUGGUAAGGGUUGGACUAGGAGGAUGGGAAAAAUUGACGACACAAAAACACAUAAAAGCAGAAGUAAAUUCUGCACCCCUAAGGGAUGCUGAACAAUCUGCUGAGGAUCACAUUUAGUGGAAGCAGAAGGAAAUUCUGAACCUCUACGAGGUCCCGAACAGUCUGCUGUUAAUAAAACCUCCAACCCCCGAGAGGAUUUAGAGAUCUUACAAAAGCGACACCAUUCUGCACUCCCGGAAGAAUGCAGAACGACUCGCAGUAUGUACGAGCAGAAGUAAAUGCGGUACCCCCCAGAGGAUGCCAAACAAUCUGCCAAACCCUAUUUAAGGUGCAUACAGAAGGGAUUCAUUCACUCCAGGAAGAACGGUGAACCCUUCUGACUAUAGCUCCUUACCACAUUGGGUGAGAAACGAGAGAAUAUCCUUCAAUUUUAGCUCCGCAUACACAGACUCAACCAUGUAUGGAGAACCAAAAACCCGGAUACGUAGCUGCGUCAAUGCGGGACAGUUACAUAUCAGAUGAUAUGAAGUACCAUAAUCGCAUUCACACAAAUCACACGAAUAAUACUCAGCACGUUGAAUAGUAGCCAUGUGAUAAUUGAGUUUGCAAUGUCCAGUCAGAGCUCUGACCAGAAUACUUCAAUGAUACUUGGAGAAAUGCAGUAGACACUUUGACAUUUUCAGAUUUAAAUCUGGUAGAAAUGCUUUUGUCUGAGCGCAAGUUUGCAAGCUGCGCCAGUAGCUGGCAUGUUUGGAUGCAGCCCAAGAACGUAUCUUGUGCUUUAUCCAACUAGUUGAAAGUGGUAAAGCUGGUUCAGGACCAACGAAAUCAUUCGUUGCACCAGCUCUAGCCAACUCAUCAGCCCAUUCAUUUCCAGUAAUACCAGAAUGGCCGGGUACCCAUAUGAAGUAAACAGCAUUUGAAGUGCUGAGGUCUUUAAUUUGAGUUCGACAUGCGAUCACUAGAUUCGACCGUGAGUCAUUCGAACUGAGUGCUUUUAAGGCUGCCUGACUGUCGGAACAAAAAUAAAUACGUUUACCACAGAUCCUCUGCUGAGGUGCCGAUUGUACUCCACACAGAAUUGCGUAGAUUUCUGCUUGGAACACAGUACAGUAUCUACCAAGUGAAUGAGACUGCUCCAGCCUAUUUCACGACAGUAGAUACCAGCACCAGCACGACCAUUCAACAGAGAACCGUCCGUAAAACAAACUAUGUGUUCAUCAAGUUGUCGUUCCAGACAACCAGACAAUCAUUCCUAACGAAGAGGAUAGCUCACAUUGAAUGUUUUAAAAGGAAAACUGCAUGUGAGAGUUAGGUCACUAGGAGCGAGUAAAUACUCAUCCCACGGAACCAUUUGAGACCACAAGCGAGUGUGACUGGUAGCAUAUUCUAAUGGGUUACUGUUCCAAAGCCCUGUAACCCUAAGACGGUAUGCACAAGAUAAUGCUUCUUGUUUUAGGAACACAUGUAGUGGUUUAAUGCACAGUAGCGCCUCUAGAGCAGCAGUAGGAGUUGUCGUGAAUGCUCCUGUCAUCGCCAUUAGGACCAUCCUUUGGAGAUGAUUUAGCUUUGACUGAACUGUCGCGACUUCUCCUUUCUGCCACCAUACAAGACAUCCAUAUGCUAAAAUUGGUCUAACGAUAGUUGUGUAGAUCCAAUGAAUAUAUCUGGGUUUGAGUCCCCAUGAUUUUCCAAAAGCUCGUCUGCAUUGGCCGAAAGCCAUGCAAGCUCUUUUAGUCCUGAAAUCAAUGUGAGCAGACCAAUUCAGUUUUGAGUCAAGAAUAACCCCGACGUAUUUAACUUGAUCGACCACAGUGACCCCUGAACCAAAGAACUGCAACGGACGAGCUCCUGUAAUUAUCCUACGAUGAGUGAAAAGCACCAUUGAUGUUUUGCCCGGAUUUACAGAUAAUCCAAACCUGACAACACCAUUGUUCAACAGAUCGCAGGGCUUGCUGCAUUAAAUCAAAGAGAGUGUUAAUGCUUAUACCGGUCAUCAAUAUAUGAUAAUCGUCGGCAAAACCAUAAGUCGGAAAUCCAAGGUUAUUAAGUUUCCUUAACAAACUAUCAGCGACUAGGUUCCAUAAAAGUGGGGAUAGUACACCACCUUGAGGACACCCACAGACACUCAGCUUUCUAAUCUCUGGCCUGCCGAAGCGAUGAUCAAAGAAGUUGAUUGCUAAGCAUUGCGUGUAUCCAGUAAGGGAAAAACCCAAGAUAUUCCGUUCACGACUGCAAUGUUUAACCUCCUGCAGCCAUUCAGCCAUCGGCACGGAAAUACACCUUGACUUAGGAGUUCCUAUUGUUGUGGCCUUUUACGACAUGGAAUAGGAAACCAGUGGAUCAAUUCUUGGUAAAAAAUAAUUCCGCCGGAUGCCACACGGCUUACCUGUUUGGUGGACUUAUACCACCGGUACAGGUGGACCGUAGCGUUAUUCUUAGCAGUUGGGAAACUGCUACCGACACUACACGGCUAUCUAGGCUGCUCAGAGAGGGAAGUUAACAUUGAUGGUCAACUUCCAUGGAUGGCCGAGCAGCCGGUAAACAUACCCGCCGAGAUGAAAAUGUGCCUCAUCCGAGAAGAUGAUUUUUUUGCACACAUUUCGUAACAUUACCAUGAUUUUGAAAGUAAAACUGCACUAUUUUCACGCGGUCCUCAAGCGUAUACACAACCAUUUUCGUUCAGCGGAAGGAUACAACUAAGUUUCUGUCAAAUCAGAAGUGACAUUUAGGUUACCAAUGUCGAAAUAACCGCUAGCUCAAAAAUAAAUGUUAGAUGGCGGACCCUGUAGAUUUCCAAUGUCUUUGGUACUUUACACUCAUUUACAAAUGUCAACAAAAGCGAGUAAUAUCUACUCAAAUUUUUCAAAAAGCAUAUUUACCCAAUAUGUCGUAAUACCCGUUGUACUCAAUUUUGGGUAGGUAUGGUUUUUACGAAACAGUGCGACUUUUGAUCCAAUUCUUUAGAACUAUAAGUAAGCGUGCUCGUUAUCUUGACACACAUAAAAAUUCACAUUCGAAUCACUUGAAAAAUCACGUAAAAUAGUUCUAAAUGUCAAAUUGAAUAUUAUACGUGACGAAAAUGAAUGUUAUGCGAACAUCCCCUAAAAUGAAUAGUGUGUUAUCAGUUCGACCAAAGAAUCAAACAAUGUACGUGUAUUCCCGGUGUGAAAAAUUCAAUUUUGAACAUGGUGAACGGUGAGUCCUUCAAGUGUAAGUAGUUUGAACAUUCGUAGGAAAUUUUUUUGGUUACAAUUUUUUACUACAAAGCAAAAUUAAUUAUGAUUUUGAUUUAAAUUAAUCUGUCAACUAUGCCCGUUUUGUAAACCUCACAAACCCACACCCACGAUGUUAUCGGUAGCUGGUGGUUUUUACAGCCAUUGAACCGGUGGAACCCUCAACGAGUUAACACGGUGAAAAUUUGAGUAUUUCACGAGAAAAGAUUUUCACCCUUACUUUUGCGACUCCACGUUGUCACGCAUCGAGAUUUUCACUUGUAGUCCAGUGAAAUGAAACGAAAAUUAACUAGCAAUAUAGCCCAACUUGCUGUGCCAUCAAUCGGUGUCAUUUAAAGUGAGGUGACACCACCCAGAAGUGCAGAAUAAUAAGAACUUCUAUGUAGAUUUUCUGAAAUAAAUGUUCAUGUUUUUAUGGUAAGAAUCCCAAUGAUUUUUAUGAAAAUUUUGAAAAUCUCUAACCAAUAUUUAAAAUAACAGUUUUCUGGUAUCUGAAUGUGAUAUGAGUACUACACUACAUUUUAUAUACUGCCCAUACUUGCAUAUCAGUCCCAUAUGGGAAAUCGGCAUGUUGAGAAAAAGACGAUCAAAAGUUUAUUUCCGAAUUUUUUUAUUUAUUGUGCUCCCUAAUGCUGGUCCCGGGUUGGCGCUUCAAUGCAUAGGACGCUGGUCUUACAAGCCAGCUGUCGUAUGUUCGAGCCCCGACCUGGAAGGAUUCUUAGUGUCAGUAGGAUUCAUAGUACUAGCCAUGCAAUGAUUCUGUACGAUAAGAAUCGGCUGCGAAGUCUGUUGAAACAGAAAGGCCAAAUUCCACGAAAGGAAUGUAAUGCCAAGACUUUGCUUUGCUCCCUAAUGCAAAAUCUUGGUAUUAUUACAUGAAAUAUCGGUAAUACACCUUUGCUGUUCCAAUAUUGCAACAAAUGAAAUUAUUGAAAUUUUGCACUGAAUGGGACUGAUAUGCUGAUAUUUAGCAUAUGGGACAAAGAAAUGAGUUGAUAUUUUUUAUAUUUUACUGAACAAACCCUCAACUUUCAUUGCAAUUUCUGAGAGUAUAUUGAGGAAUGACUCCAUUCCUCAAGCUAACUCAAAAUUGGCGAAAAUCGAUAUGAGACUGAUAUGCGAGUAUGGGCAGUAUAUGAAUCAAAUAAUUUUUACUGGAUUGUGCAUUAAACAGCUUUAAAAUGGCAGUCCAUUAAAACCUACGUGAAAAGUAGAUUCCGACCGCAACAUCAUAGAGCUAAGGCAGUGUGUCUUAUUAAAUAUGUUAUAAACAAAGUAGGGCGGGAAAUAUUCACAUAACUUUUCAUGAAGAAAAAAAUGUUUUUUUCUGGAAAAAGAUGCCGUUUGACAGGUCUGGUCCUAGGCGGGAAUGUCAAAACCCCUUGAAUCAAAUUGAUUAUUAAACUGUUUGCAAUGAAAAAAUCUCGUCAACGUGUAAACAUAUUUAUGUGAAGUACAAAUGGUCGGGUAAUCGAUCCGAAAAAAAAAUUUACCCGUACCCGACCCGUACCCGAGUGAGCGAUAAAUUUUUUUACCCGUACCCGACCCGUACCCGAGUGAGCAGUAAAAUUUUUUACCCGUACCCGACCCGUACCCGAUUGAAAAUAAAAUUUUUUACCCGUACCCGACCAAAAACCCGUCGGGUACGGGUACGGGUCGGGUUUCGGGUAAAAUACCCGAUACCCGACCAUCUCUAGUAUUUAGCUAACCUAAUUCUAAAUUGUAGACAAUCUGAAUAAUAAAUUCUGGACUAUUAAUUUAGAGGGUAAGCAUAAAAAUCAAUCCCAAGCUUCUGAAAAAAGUAAUGAAUAUACCUACGAUUUUUUUCUUUCGUUAUGUCAAAACAAGUCCAUUAAUUUUUAAUUGAAUUGUGACAGAUUUCAUUACGACUUGAUUGUGUGUCUUCAGGAUAUUUAAUCAACUUGCUGUACUUCAGAAAGGAAAUGGUUAUCAAAUCUCAUGACUACUUACGAUUGUCUUUCGAAAAUAGAAUUAAAAUAAAAUAACAGUUACAAGUGCCACAGUGCCGAAACAUACAAAAGCAACCAGAUAGAAUGCUCCAUGCCUUAUUGGAUCAAUCAGAAGAAAAACAGAAACGUCACGGCAUUAGUUUUAUUCCAUCCAAUCUACAGUAAAAGAGACGCUUUUUGCUGUAUGCUGUAUCUGUUAGGUCUGUGCUCUCCUGUACGCAAAUCACAAACAAAACAAACAGUAAAUCAACGAUGACGUGCAUUGAGAAAUGACUUUUAAAGUCUCUCUUAAAAUGUUUUAUUCAUGUAAACUACAAAAUAGACGCGUACUCGUGCCUCGAAGUUAAA